AAGGGAGAUGACCCUCCACUUAAAAGGUUGAUGCCACCAGCGACCUCCGAAGCCCAGGCAAGGGAGACCCCACGAGGGAUAACUGGACGCUGCCCCAGGCUCGCGAAGGCAGUGCACUGACCGGAAAGGGGAGACCCCCGCGGGGUACCCAGCACCCUCCAGCAUGUGCGAGCUGUACUGCAAGUCGGACACCCUGGCGCUGAGGGGGAAGCACAUCGGGCCUUCCUGCAAAGUUUUCUUUGCUGCAGAUCCCAUCAAAAUAGUGCGAGCCCAGAGACAGUACAUGUAUGACGAGAAGGGGGAGCAGUACCUGGACUGCAUCAACAACGUUGCCCACGUGGGACACUGCCACCCAGAAGUGGUCAAAGCUGCUCUGAGGCAGAUGGAACUGCUGAAUACGAAUUCGCGAUUCCUCCACGACAACAUUGUUGAGUAUGCCAAGCGCCUUGCCGCCACCCUGCCGGAGACACUCUCUGUUUGUUACUUUACAAAUUCAGGAUCUGAAGCUAAUGACUUAGCCUUACGCUUGGCCCGGCAGUUCAGAGGCCACCAAGACGUGAUCACUCUUGACCAUGCUUACCAUGGUCACUUAUCAUCUCUAAUUGAGAUCAGUCCAUAUAAAUUUCAGAAGGGCAAAGAUGUCAAGAAAGAAUUUGUGCAUGUGGCACCAACUCCGGAUACUUACAGAGGAGAAUACAGAGAAUGCCACGGGGACCCAGCCGGUGCUUAUGCAAAUGAAGUAAAGAAAAUUAUUGAAGAAGCUCAUAAGAGAGGAAGGAAGAUUGCUGCCUUUAUUGCUGAGUCCAUGCAGAGUUGUGGCGGACAAAUAAUUCCUCCAGCAGGCUACUUCCAGAAAGUGGCAGAAUAUGUACACGAAGCAGGGGGCGUGUUUAUAGCUGAUGAAGUUCAGGUAGGCUUUGGCCGAGUCGGGAAACACUUUUGGAGCUUCCAAAUGCAUGGCGAAGACUUUGUUCCAGACAUUGUCACGAUGGGAAAGCCAAUGGGCAAUGGCCACCCGAUGGCAUGUGUGGUGACCACCAGAGAAAUUGCAGAAGCCUUCAGCAACUCUGGGAUGGAGUAUUUUAAUACGUAUGGAGGAAAUCCAGUAUCUUGUGCUGUUGGUUUGGCUGUGCUGGACGUAAUUGAAAGUGAAGACCUUCAAGGAAACGCCAUGAGAGUAGGGAAUUAUCUUACCGAGUUACUAAAUAAACAGAAGGCUAAACACACUCUGAUAGGCGAUAUUAGGGGCGUUGGUCUUUUUAUUGGAAUCGACUUAGUGACGGACCAUGAGAAAAGGACCCCUGCUACAGCUGAAGCGCAGCACAUCAUCUACAAGAUGAAAGAAAAAGGAGUGCUUCUCAGUGCCGACGGACCUCAUAGAAAUGUGCUUAAAAUCAAGCCACCCAUGUGCUUCACUGAAGAAGAUGCCAAGUUUAUGGUGGACCAACUGGAUGAGAUUUUAACAGUGUUAGAGGAAACUGUGGGAGCCCAAGCUGGAAGUGUGAUCCCUGCAAAUACUGCAUGCAGAGCAAAGGUGCCUAACGGAGCACAGGUGGAAUUGCUCGACAACAGCACCACGGACUCGAGAGAAAACCCCAGCAGAAAGAGAAACGGACUGUGCGCUGACACACAUUCUCCGCUCAAGCGCCUCAAGACGUGAAAGAUGAGAACUGCAAAGCCAGAUCCCUGUCCAGAGCGAUAGGUGAUACAUGCAUGGGUCUCAUCUGUUCAUGGCUCGAUGGUACUCUCUCAACGUAGGUUUUUCAUUCAACUUAGAUUUGUAAAAUAAAAUGGUAAAUGAUUCACAAGGACAAACCAACUCAUAAUCAACCCAUGUCAAGAUUAUCAGUUCAGCUCUAGCCUAUGAAUUCCUUACUUGAGAUUUCUGAAGGUACUUAAUUUAUUCCAUAAAAUUUAAGCUUGUCAGACAUUCAAACUCAAGUUGGCAGUUUUACUUCAUGUUUUAAUGUUUGAAAUUAGAAGGCCCCAUAUAACAGGCUGUUUAACUGUUGAAACUUAGUGCCUUAAAAUAUGAACUCUAUAAUGGUUUAAUAUGUAAAAGUAUAUUUAUGGUCUAAAUAAAAUAAAAGGUGAUGGCAAUCAAAA